UUUAUCAUAUGCAUAUUGCGAAGCGUUUUGUCUACGGUAGUUACUAAGUCUGAGUGACCGGUCAUAAUAAUCCCCGUAAUUUAUCCACUAGGAAAUGGGAAAACUUUAACAUGGAGACGACGUAUUUGUCAGGUUUGUCACUCCAGGCAUUCCGUAGUUACCCAGGAUUUAGUUGGCGUCUGGUGACGUUCAAAGGUCAGAUUGAAAGUAUGUGCGCUGCACUACUCAUGGGGGUUUGAGUAGUUACAAGAAGUUAGCUAAUUGGAAAGUAGCCUUUUGGGGGGCAUGUCAUCGGCACGAAACAUUACACGGUUUUGGGAAUGGGGCAGGAAGAUUAUCUGCGUGGGAAGGAAUUACGCUGACCAUGCCAAGGAGCUGAAAAACGCGAUACCCAAGGAACCUGUGCUGUUCCUGAAGCCACCCUCUGCGUACGUGAAAGAGGGUUCUCCUAUUCUGGUGCCCCAGUACUCUAGCAACCUCCACCACGAAGUCGAGCUUGGAGUAGUCAUUGGCAAAGGGGGUACGGCGAUUCCUCGCACAUCGGCGAUGGAUCACGUGGCUGGUUACGCGCUGUGCCUGGACAUGACAGCGAGGGAUAUCCAAGACGAGUGCAAGUCCAAGGGUCUGCCAUGGACACUAGCCAAGGCGUUCGAUACCUCAUGCCCGGUCAGCGAGUUCGUCCCCAAGGAGAAGAUCCCGGACCCCGGGAACGUCCGGAUCUGGUUAAAAGUCAACGACCAGCUGCGCCAAGACGGCAGCACCUCCCAAAUGAUCUUCUCAAUCCCGUACCUCAUCAGCUACAUCAGCGAGAUUAUCACCCUCGAGGAGGGCGAUCUUAUCCUGACCGGGACCCCCAAGGGCGUCUCGAGUGUGCAGGAGCACGACGAGUUGCUGGCCGGGAUUGAAGAUAUUCUCUGCAUGACAUUCCGAGUCGACAGACAGUGAUCCCAUCGAUUUACCAGUACUGCUUUUCAAAAGUACUAGCUAUCGAGAUAAUGUUUCAAACAUGGUGUAAUGAUGGGCAGUAUGUUACUUGACCUUAGACAAGGCAUCUAUAUAUUUUUUUAAUUCCUUUUUGUUACAAUAAAUGCAUAAACAUAUCAUAAAUGGGCGAAUUACAACCAGUAUUAUUAACAAUUCAAUGAUUAAUAAUAAUUGGGGGUGGGACAUCGUGUUUGAUGUCUGAAUGGAAAAAUAAAUGUUAUCACGUUCCAGCCGCCCUUGAUUGUGGAAGUUCGUUUACAUUUAAGGCAUUUGGCAGACCCUUAUCUAGAGCAAAUGAUAAACCACCUGCAAAUCAAACGUGCAGUAGCUACACCCAGUUCCCAUUCUAGACAUUUAGCUGAACCUUUGGAUCAACUAGGAGUGGGAGGGUGGUGCAUGUAUAGGAAUAGACAAGGAAGAAUGGUGGAUGGUGGGUGAAGAAUGGGGGCAACAAUUAGGAUACACUGCCAACCCCAAUAAAACAAACCAAGUUCAGGAAACAAUAUUCAGGUUUCAAUUUAGUUUUUCUGCCCAAUCAGACAGGGAUGUCGGUCUAUGUGUUCUCACAACCAUUUUUUUUUCCUGGCUAGAAAUGAGAAGGGAAUAUUGGAUUUGGGUUGAACAUUGAACUAAUCUUGGUUAAUAUUUGCUGUCUGGCUUCAAGAGGUCUGAAAGCUCUGUACUGUAGGCUAUCCAAGUCAAGACGGGUGACUGUUUUAACAAGUAAAGGCAUCCAAACUGCAGUACUGUCAUUCAUACAUUAGAGCUUUGGCACUACUUUUGGUCAAUUUUUCUAUCUUCAUUUACAUAGCAUGGUUCACAGUCAUUUAUAAAAUCAUUUUAGAGGACCAUGGUAUCUUCCAGUAAGGACUUCAGAACAAAGUUGUAGACUCUUUAGUCAAUCAAUGACUUAAUCUAAUCAGUUGUGCUGAAACACAUUGCAUGCUUUCCAUUCAUUUGCAGAAUUUAUACAUGCACUUACUGGACUAAAUACUUGGUAAGAAAUGAGAAAAUCAACAAUGACCACGGUUAUAAAAACAGCGCUUCUUGCUAUUCGUCAACAUUGUGAAUAUAACGUACAAAAACAGCAUUGAUUGAUAAUUUAAUAACAUUAAACAACAUUUACAGUCAAACAUGAUUUGUAUUUUGACAGCAUUUACAUUGUUUGUGAAGAGAGUAUAGGCUUUGGGUGAACACUCAAAGGACAAGUUCACAUCGUUACAAAUACAUAGAUCUACCUAAGAAAUAAGAGCCCUUUGCACAAUUUUGUUUGGCUUCAGUAAUAAAUUGAGC